CCGGAAUUACUGCAUCAAUGUCGUCCUCGAAGCCUCUUGGUGGACGCACCGCUAUCGUCGGUACGGGCAGUCGCGCGGCGAUGUUCGUCCGCGGCAUCGUUGCUCGGCCAAAGAGCAGCGUCGUAGCCAUCUGUGAACCGAAUGCCGUGCGAGCAAGCUACUACAAUGACCUCCUGACCUCGCUGGGUGCGCCGACGGUGCCUGUGUACAAGCCUGACCAAUUCAAGGAGAUGUUGGAGAAGGAGAAUGUGGAGACGGUGGUUAUUACCUGUGUUGAUGCGUUGCACGAUCUGUAUAUUGUACCUGCGUUGGAGGCGGGAGUGCGGGUUCUCACCGAGAAGCCUAUGACAACAGACGUCGCCAAAUGUCGACGUAUUCUGGAGACCGUGAAUCGGACUGGCCGCCAUUUGACCGUCACGUUCAAUUAUCGAUACAACCCAGUUCACGAGUUAGUCAAGCGAACCAUCGCAGCUGGGGAGAUUGGCGAAGUGCUCUCCGUUCAUUUCGAAUGGCUCCUGGAUACAGUCCAUGGCGCAGACUAUUUCCGACGCUGGCAUCGCCAGAAGAGCAAUUCCGGAGGUCUCAUGGUGCACAAAUCAGGGCAUCAUUUCGACCUGGUGAACUGGUGGAUCGACGCUGAGCCUGAGACCGUGGCCGGGAUGGGUCGCCUUGCCUUCUACGGAGAGGAAGCCGGCAAGAAGCACGGCUGGGCUAGAUCGUACGAGCGAGCCCGCGGGUCAGCCGAGGCAAAGAAUGAUCCGUUCGCCAUCGACCUCGAGGGAGAUGAGACCCUGAAGAAGAUCUACGCCGACGCUGAAGGGGAGGAUGGCUACUAUCGAGAUCAGAACGUCUUCGCGCCGGGUAUCGGUAUUGAGGAUGACAUGAGUCUCCUCGUGCGGUAUAAUACGGGUGCUGUCAUGACAUAUCAUCUGACCGCGUAUUCACCCUGGGAAGGAUACCGCGUCAUGUUCAACGGCUCACAAGGUCGCCUUGAACUUGAAGUGGUCGAGUCGGCAUACCGACUGGCGGAAGAUCCACAGCUCACCGGCGGACAGAUCCACGGAAAGGCAGCGCUACCGAACGCCGGGGGUGCCACAGUGAAACUGCAUAAACUGUGGCAAAAGCCGGUGCUACUGCCGGUGCAAGUCGAGCAUGGGGAACACGGGGGUGGAGACCGCCGCAUGCUCAGCGUCCUCUUUGGUCCCCAGCCGGGCGAGGAGGUGGAUACGGGAGACGCGUCGAAGCAGGGCGCGAAUGAGCGGGAUGGGGCCAUGGCUUUAGCUGUUGGACUAAUGGCGAACGAGAGCUUCAGGACGAACCAAUUCGUACACAUAAAGAGCCUGGCACUGCCGCUUUAG